AGAUGGGAUCGUGUUUGAGGCGGACAGCGACCUGGGCGUGCGGCCGGACAAUAGUAUGUUCAUGAAGAAUCUCAACCUGGAUUUUCAAAUUAAGGCAUCCGAAUCAAAGCUCGAUAACCUAUUUGGUGGCAACCAAGUCCUCAGCGACACCAUGAACCACUUCCUGAAGCAGAACGGUGACCUGAUCAUGGAGGAGGUGCGACCAGCCCUGCGGCAGCAGUGGGGCAACCUGUUGGGGGCAAUCCUCAAAGCUCUCAUUGACUCCCUUCCUAAGGAGAUCGUCACUGACAUUCCCAACGAAAACACAGAAGACAGACAUCGUCGGAGGACCAAUGAAAAACUGGCAGCCAAAGCUCGAGCCCAAGCGCCCGCACAACGUCAAGGAUGAGCGCGGAUGAAGAAUUAAGUCCCAGCAUGUAUGUCAGUCGCAAAUUCUCGCACUGUACCUGUCUUCUGAUACAAAUAUUUUGAAAUUAUAACAGGUCUAUCCAAUCGCGUGAAAUGAAAGUUUUCAAUUUAAACGACAUGGCAAAAUGUUUCAAGUUUUCCGUGCUAAUUCUUGUCACCCAGUGCCACAAAUUAAGUGCUAACACAAAGUUACUUUUUCCUCUGUUAAGGAUUGUUCGCAAUUAUCCCUGGCAUGUCAAAGCCAUUGCUGUAUUGCCUGAUUUAGUUUAUAGUUACAGUAUUGUAGCAAAUAAAUUAUUACACAGUU